AAUCAUCAUGGCUGCACGGCCAGGUUGGCAGCAGUCAGGACAGAUGGACAGCUCUGCUGUUAUUGACAUGGAUUACCUGGAUUCAGGGGAUGGAUCAGGCCAUGACACAAACGAAUCAGACAUUGAACAUGACUCACCAGAUUCUAAGGAUGGAAAGAGUGGUUUGUAUACAUCCAUGCAGAAGAAUGUUGCAAGCUUUAUGUUUGAAAGAGGCAGAGAACAGGCCAAGAGGGCCUACAGUCUGUAUGCAAACAUUGAUUUCCUUAGACCAUAUUUUGAUGUGGAGCCACACAUUGUAAGAAGCAGGCUCCUCAAUUCCAUGCUUCCUCGUAAACCUACAGACGAAAGACAGAGUGUUCCAAGGGAAUUGUAUGGGCCCACAAUGCUAGUGUUCACAAUGAUCGCCCUGUUAUUGUUUCAAAUGAAGACUGCCAAUCAUGCUGUGGAAGAGGGCACACUGAUGGGUACAGCAUUUGGAGUGUGUUUUGGUUAUUGGCUUGGUGUGUCAUCAUUUAUAAUGGUCCUGUCAUAUAUGUGCAAUACAAGGAUAGUCAUGAUGCAAAUUCUAUCAUUACUGGGUUAUUCCUUAUUUGGACACUGUUUAGUCCUCUUUCUUGGCACUGUCAUCCACACAUCCCAUGAUCACAUGCUGUUCUAUCUGUUAUGGGGUACAUUAGGAGGACUUUCAACUCUAAAAAUGAUUGCAGUUUUAGCAUCUAGAACACGUGGCAGCUCACAGAAAAUGGUCAUGUGUGGGAUAGUGGCAGCAAUCCACAUGUUGUUCCUGAUAUAUCUACAUUUUGCAUAUCACCAAAUGGUUGAGGAAAUAUCAUUCCUAGAGGGAGUAGGACCUCACCAUGAUUUUCUUAAAAAGGAGCCUAUACACAUAAUUUCUUCUACAGUGAAACAGGCAGCUGAGAUGAAAGCGGUGGGUGAUAAUCUAAGUACUAAGGAAUCUCUAGAAACAGCUGUGACAAAAUCUUUGCAAAAUGUGAUAAGAAGUGUUGCCCCAAAGAAGUUGGUAGAAAAUGUAACAGAAAUAACAAUGAAGCAAGCCCCAGCUCUUCUUGGUGCAAUAAAGAAGUCAGUUGGAGAAGCUACAUAGAUGCCACUAGAAAGUGAACUGGUAUCAACUGAGGCAUCUACCAGUACUAUAACCAGACAUAACCUUCGUUGCAAAAUCAUGGAAUUCAGAUAUUUUUAAUUCAACCGUGAUGCCUGCCUCUGGAGCCCUGUUGGAAUGAGCAUUUGGUGCCACGAUAAAUGCAAUGUUAAGACAUGAUAUAAAAAAAACAUUGAUGGAUGUGACUGUAAUAUAUCAUGAAAACAGUACCUUCACAAUUUUCUAUCACAUUUUAUCACAAUUAAAAUGCCUUUUUGUACAUGUGUCAUGUAGAUGUACCAUUUCUCUUCUGUAAAUAGAGAUGUGUAGAAUGGAACAUUAGGGAGGAAAAUGAUUUUAAAUUCUUGUAUUUAGUUUUGUUCAAAGGUGUAUAUUUUGACAUUAAUUUGAGGAAACAUUUCCUUGACUGUAAAUAAAGGGAAUCCAGGGAUUUUUGUAAAACACAAAGGUUGCAGUUUUGUAAUUAAGGGGAAAUGAUAGAAUCUACUUCAGUAUUUCUCUGAAAGAAACAUGCCUGAAAACUUAACCUAACAACAUACAUGCAUACCCAAACUUCUUUACACAUGUAAUAAAGCUCUUUUGCAUUUUUAUACAUAUGUAAGGAUUUCAAGGUAUUAUCAGUUGUAUAGCACUGUAAAACUUUGCUAUUGAUGACAUUUUUCAUAAUUUUACUGACAUCCAGCCAAUUAAAGGUGUUAAAAGGGUCAACUUAGUUGCAUAUUUUUAAGAAGUAAAAUGUGUCAUUGUGCACACUUAAAUUAUUGUGGUAAUUUUAUUUAAUUUUGUUGAGAAAAGAAUGGGUAUUAGGAACAUGUAUUGCUUUUUUUGGUUGUACGUACCAUAGAAUAAAGCUUA